AACGUUUCAGGUUGUGAUCGCUCUUGUCAAAGAGAAUGCAUCGAGGUGCACAAUAAAUACCGUGCAAACCAUGGCGCUCCACCGCUGGUGUUUGAUCAAAAACUGGCGGACGAGGCUCAAGCGCUGAUUGAUAAAGGAGUUUUCAAGCAUUCUGAUUGGGUGGAAUUGAAAAAUAAAGGCGCAGCUUUCGCCUGGGGUUCCCUUUUUCCAACGUUCACGGCGGUAAUAAAAAAUUGGCACGACGAAGGAUUAUAUUAUGAUUACCAGACGGGAAACCCAAAGAAGCCUACUCAGGUAUGAGAUUCGCUUUUUUUGCUGUUUAUGAGUUGCAGAAAAGCUAUUCUUAAAAGUUUGACACAACUUCAAAAUUUUCACUUUGAUAUUGUUUUCCGCCAUCUUUUAUUUUUGAUGAUUUGGUGCACGGUACUUCAAUCAAGGUGAUGUUAUCUUUGACGAUUCCAAAGACAGCUUUUAGUUCAACACAGCGUUACUACAUUUUUGUGACAUUGUUUCAAAUGGCAGCAACAUUAUUCCAACAUUACAAAGCUGUGUUGCGCUAAAAAUUUUCGUUGCAAAUCUUCUCGAGUAACAUCACCUUUAUACCACAAAACAAAUUGACACUUGAUAAGGAUAAGCCAGGUGGAUCGCUAUACAUUUUUCCAGGAAUCAGUUUGUCAAGCGACUGCUUAAUCUUGCUUAUAGAGCAGGUGAGAACUUAAUACCAUUUCGCUCACUGCACAACUGAGGGGCGUUUUUUUGUAUUUUUAGAUAGUGGAUCACUUUGCCCAGGUGGUGUGGAAGGGAGCUCAUAAAGUCGGUUGUGCGCGCGGUGGAUUUUAUGGUGAGCCGUGGUAUGUAGCUCAUUACGACAAGGCACCUGUUAUCGGCAAGCCUAUCACUACAAUCAACAUUGAAACACCGAAACAGGUAUGGAUGCCAAACGUAACUUGUAACCUAACUUAGAGUAUCUUCAUUUGAACACAAGGAGCGGACUUCCAACUUUUACGAAGAAGGAGGGUCUAAGACGACAUUUUGAUCAACCGAGCCGGCCUAUAAUCAGCCAAGCUCAAAUGAAUGGGAAACUGAUUCGGUUUUAUCAAAGGAGGUGAUGAAGUCAAUUGAAAGCAUAAAAAUAGAAUUAAUUGUAAGUGGGUUGCUGAAUCAAUGAGUCAUGAGUCAACUAAAAAAUAAUAACUCUCAAAUAUGUUGACAGAACUUAUUCUGAUGUGAAGUAUAUAUGAAAUAAUUCAUUUUUGAACUGCGGUUGUAGAUGAAAGUGAAGAAUGAUCAUCGCAGUAAAUUUACCAAUUUAAGCAACUGGAAAGAAGAAGCCUGAAAAAAAUCAGGGCUUCAACGGGAUUCGAACCUGUGACCUCCUCGUUACCGGUGCGUUGCUCUACCAACUGAGCUAUGAAGCCACACAUUCGGGAGCGAGGUCAAUUUAUUGAGUUCAUAUCUCCCGUGAGGAGUGAAAUGAUCUGAAGUAGAUAUGAAAUAAUUCAUUUUUGAACUUAUUCUAUUCACCGGCUUUCUGAAGUCCUGGGAAACUUUCAUUGUCGCUGUAGGGCGGAAAGCUAAUUCGUUUCUCCGUGUAAAGCCCAGUUAAAUGUAUUCGAUGCCAGCGCUUCCCAAAGCUAAGAAGCCAUGUAUCUUUUUGAAAAAAGUUUCGUAAGGUAGAAAUUGAAACAUCACAACUGUACUUGUUUUGACCAUUUGUUCAUUUUAACAGGACGACAGCACAUGGUUUAGAGAUUCUUCCCCAUUCUCCGAGGACUUGGAAAACGCGCAGCCAAUAUAGAAAACGACCUGCCCCAUCUAUAUAUGGGAAAGCAACUACGCGAGUACUGCUUUUAAAGUAAUCUAAGCCAAUGUCUUCAAAAAGACUGUGCAUUCAAAUAUUUCGGCGUAUAUGUUGUAGCAAACCUUUCUGUUGCGCGAAUUUUCCUUUCACUUAGAUUAAGACAGAUUAUGGAGCUGAAACUAAAGCAAAGUAAGAUAAUAAUUUAACUGC